CUGACAUUAUGGAGUGUUUCUCUGAAUACUGAAGCACAAAAAUCUUAAACAUGUAUUACCGAUUUAAUUACUUGCUGUUUGGAAAAAUGAAACGCAGCAUGUAGGCCGGACUAAAGUUGUACCUCGUCGUGUUUCCAGUCGGACUGGUUAGCGGAUGGGACACGUGCGUCCGUUGCUGUGGUGUCGUUUGUGUGCGAAGCUAAUUGGCCACAGGUAGAAGAGGAUGUCAGCAAGAGAAAAAAAUCUGCUGGGAGGUGGAAAUAACUCUGUGGAGAUGGAGGAGCUCAAUGACGAUGAAUUCACUUUGUCCAACUGCUCUGAUGCAGACGCAGAGUUUGACAGGGUCAUUGGAAUCAUUGAGGACAUCAUCAUGGAGGAGGAGUUCCAACAGCUGCAGCAUUACUUCAUGGAGAAGUACUACAUGGAAUUCGAUGACUCGGAGGAGAACAGGCUCAGCUACACCACUAUCUUCAAUGAAUACGUUGAGCUGCUGGAGAAGCACAUUGAGCGGCAGCUGACGGAACGGAUUCCUGGCUUCCACAUGAACACCUUCACCAAUUCUCUUAUGCAGCACAAAGAUGAAAUCUCAGGAGAUGUCUUUGAUAUGCUGCUCACCUUCACCGAUUUCCUGGCCUUUAAAGAAAUGUUUGUGGAGUACAGAGCUGAAAGAGAAGGGCGUGAUGUGGACCUCAGUGCUGUACUGGUGGUGAAGUCUUUGAAUUCCUGUGCAUCCCCCUCUGCACCCUUUACCACCUUUACAUCAGGACUGCAGUGACCUGGAGAUGUCCUCGUGGAAUAUAUACGUAACAUUCAUUUGGCCAUGCACACAAAGAUGCAUAUGUGUUUGCUCAUGCAUUGACAUACCUAUGGACUGGCCCAGAAUCAUAUGUCUACAUCUUCACCAAUGUGUGUAUUUAUUUCAGAACUGAGAUUUUGAGACCACAUUUGCACAGCACUUGGAGAGGAAAAUAGAGAACAGUGUGUUCAUGCGUAAAAUCUGUAGACAUCUCCUGGGGGAAGUCUUUGCGUACUAAACUUCCUUUCCCAGCAAGUAACCUGGUUUUCCAGUCUGUCAUCUUUUUUUUUGUAAAUGUACAAUCAAAUCUUGGCUACAGUUUGAUUUUAAACCAAGUAUUGCAUGUAAAUAUAAAAGAGACUUCUAUGUAUGCAUUUACUUCCUUUGAUAGUUAAAAAUUUACCCUCAAAGUAACUCGUUUUAAACAUUAGUAUAAAUGUUUUAAUAUUUGAUUGCUAGUUUGUCUCAGGUGAAACAGGAGACCAAUCCAUGGUCUCUGUACACCUAAUAUAUUGCUUACCUGAAGUACUGGAGUUAUUGCGCAUGUCCAGUGUGCAAAGAGGGAGAAAUUAUUCUUUUCAUAUCAAUGUUGUUGAACACUUGUAUGUGAGUGAGUUAUGAAGCUGAACUGGCUGUUUUCAUACACUACUCCUUUAGUGGUUUUGCGUCCACAAAGGGACAAUAUUACAGAGGUGCUGUAUGUACAAUAGGCAGUAGAUUUGAGUGAAGCUGAAGAGCAUGAAAUGAAUCACAACUGUUGUGCGCUACUGACAGUCCCUCCAGGACAGCUGGAACUUGCAAGUUCUUUACAACCAGUUUAUGAAAAUGCUGUCUGUGGAAGGAUCUGUGCUCAUACUCAGUAACCUGUGUUGCCUAGCAUGUUUAGUUUUGUCAGUAAAACACCUUUUAAUGAGAGUUGCAUCUCCCCUGUCUUUUUAAAAUAUGGCUCUAUUUGUAAUAGCCUUCUUAAUCUGUGUACUUUAUAAAUACUGAAACAUUAAUUCCAUACAGUAGUUUGCCACUUUUGAAAUAAGUACAUAAAAUACACAGACUACAUUACAUUGAAUUCCUGUCAAUCUGACCUGCAGUUCAUUAUUUCAAUAAAAUUGUUUAGGGGUAAGGGCUGUGCCAUCUUGUUGCCAUUGCAGUUUUCCUGAACAUCAGGACCAGCUGCGCAUCAUCACCUUACAUCUAACCCUUGCAACCAGGAACUUUAAUUGAGGAAGAUCUACAAUGUACAAAUUACCAUGGUGUC